GCAUCGGCCCCCGCUGGAGCCCCCGCCGCCGCGGCGGUGCGCCGCGGCGGGGCGCCGCGGGCGGCCGCGGCGGUGCGCCUGCUGUGCGCGGGGGUGCUGGCGGCGACGGGCGGGCCCUGCGAGGCCGCCGGAGCGGACUGCGCCGAAGGCCCAGACGCUGCGGAGCCUGGGCUCUGCAGGGGCCAGCCCACAUCGUUGCUGCAGCGCGGGCUGAAGUACGAGCCCCGCACGCCGCCCGCUGCUGCGCAGCGAGGGCCCCUCAGCGCGCUCUCUUCCGCCGGCAGCAGCGGCCGCACCAACGCCAGCGCUGGAGCGAGCAGGGCCAACGCCAGUGCGGGUGGCAGCGGGGCGUGCUCUUCCGACGAGCCGUUGGUGUUCCUGCACAUCCCCAAGAACGCCGGCACCACGGUGGAGAACCUUGGCCGCCUGGCGGGCGCGAGGUGGGGAAGGUUCAUGGACUUCUCCGGCUGCAGCGGCGGGGGCACGCAGUGCCCCGACUGGCACGUGCCCCCGUGGGAGAUGGGCUCGCCGAACAUGUACGAGGGGCGGGACGUGUUCUGCGUCUCCCGCGACCCGUACGAGCGGGCCAUCUCCGAGUACAGCUACGCGGUGGGGAACCCGCACCAGUACGCUGGAGAGUUCGUCUGGGAGGCGCAGAUGCAGGCGUGCUCCGCACGGGGGCUGAACCGCUUCCUGAGGCUGGCCCUCAUGAGAUACGCGCAGGGCCCUGUCUCAAGCACUGGCCGCUACCUGCUGAAUUGCCACCUCCUCCCACAGAGCAACUUCGUGUGGAGCCCCGAUGGCACCCAGAACUGCCAGCACGUCCUCCGCCUUGCGAACUUCUCCAGCGAGUUCACCGAGCUCAUGCAACAGAAGAACUACGGCUCGGUCCUGGACCAGUCCAUUUCCACUACCAACGAGGGGGGCUGUGAAGGGCAGCUGGGGGUGGAUGACCUGGACGCGGAGGUGGUCUCGUUGAUCAACUCGGUGUACGCCGAGGACUUCGCCAGGCUCAAGUACGAGCUCCGCGCCCCCGAGCCGGCUCCCGGCCAGACGCGGCGCAGCCUCGCGCGCGCUCGCCGCGGGCCGCCCCUCGGGGCGCUGCUCGCGGCCGCGGCGGCGCUCGCGGGCGGCGCGCAGGCCAUCCGAGUGGCCAUGUCGGGAGAGCGGCAACCGAGGAAAGUCGUCGCCCCGUGCGGGCCCGGCCCUGGCAUCGCGAGACUCGCGGGUGGCUCCGCCGCUCUGCAACGCCCAGGGGCCAUCGCGUGGUCUUUGGAACAGCUCGGGGUCGCUGUGGCUUACGUGUUGUGCCACCUUGCGGUUGCCCUGCGGCCAGCAGGAAUCCACUUCAAGGCCGACGCCCGGGUGGCGGCGCGCCUGCUCUUCUGGGACGACUGCAAGAAGGCCUUCGCCCCGGUCUUCGACUGCCAGGCCAAGAAGACCAAGGGCAGCCCGAGCUUCUCCGACUUCUACAGCACCCUCUACAAGCUGCAACGGCUGGCGCUGGCCUCUCCCGAGGAGCACUGGAGGACCGGCCGGCGGCCGACCUCCGAGCCCUUCCCCGCCGGGGCGCCGCGGCGAGAGAGGUCAAGGAGCUGCAGGAGGAAGGGCAAGGGCAAGGGCAAGGGCAAGGGCAAGGGCAAAGCUCAGGAGAACACCCCUGACGCCAAGAUGGGCAGGCAGGGGGUCUGGGCCUGGCACGACCCACCGACGGUCCUCGUCGAGCAAGAGGGGUUCCUCAUCCUGAACAAGAGCGCGUUCUGGAUCUGCAACACGCCCUCAGACCCGGCGGAGUUCGACAAGUUCGUGCCGCGCAACGAGGGCGAGCAGCGCUGCAAAGGGAGUGUGACUAUCUGGCUCCGCGAGCGGUACGGCAAGAAGUAUGACUUCAUGAUGAGGUACUCGGAGAAGGGAGAAGUAUUCCAGUAUGGCUUGCUGAACCGCUUGGACAGGGAGACGUCUGGGCCUGUCGUGGUCGCCAAGAACGAGGAGCUCUACAGGACGAUGAAGAAACUGAGGAACCAGCACGGGUGGUUCAAGGAGUACGUUUGCCUCGUGCACGGCAAGAUCCCGGUCGAUCAGUGGCAGGGCGUGAUCGAGACGGGCAUCAUGGGGGGGACCGACAACGGCCUAAAGAAGUCUCAGGUCCUGGGCUACUACCGCAGCUGCGACGACCUCUACAGAUUCAGCCUGGUCAAGGUGCGCAUCAUCUCUGGGCGUCAGCACCAGAUCCGUGUGCAUAUGCAGCGCCUGUUGCAGAAACUCGGCGACGCUGUACUUGACGGACGGGACAAGGGCCUGGUCUCGGACUUCCUCUACCUGGAUAAGUUGAUCUCGGACGAGGACCAGAGGACGAUCUGCGACCGCAUUUUCCUGCACGAGCAGACCAUGGCCAUGUGGGACCCCGAGACCGCGAGCAGCUACCAGCUGGUGUGCGCGAGCAGCGAGCUGCCGCAG